GCGGCCGCCGCCAGCCUCCCUCUGCUGCGCGUCCACGGACGGCUGUCCUUGCCCCUGCUGAGGCUGCUGCCGGCCACGAAGGCGACAUGAAGGAGGCGGCGGGCGGCACGGUGGCCCCUGGGCUCCCCCCUUUGUGCAGCCGCCUGUCCCGCUCGUACCCGGGCAUGUCGGGGUCCGAGCCGGCCGCGUCGCCGGAGGGCAACGGCACGGGCUGGCGGCCCGCCGAGCAGUGCGGCUCCGUGUCGGUAGCCUACCCGCUCGCCAUGAUGAUCACGGGCGUCGUGGGCAACGCGCUCGCCAUGCUGCUCGUGGCCCGCAGCUACCGUCGCAAGGAGAGCAAGCGUAAGAAAUCCUUCCUGCUGUGCAUCGGCGGCCUGGCGCUCACCGACCUGGUGGGCCAGCUGCUCACCAGCCCAGUGGUCAUCGCCGUCUACCUGUCCAAGCGGCCCUGGCAGCAGCUUGACCCGUCGGGCCGCCUGUGCUCCUUCUUCGGACUCAGCAUGACCACGUUCGGCCUCUGCCCCCUCUUCAUCGCCAGUGCCAUGGCCGUCGAGCGGGCGCUGGCCAUCCGCGCGCCGCACUGGUACGCCAGCCACAUGAAGACGCGGGCCACCCGGACCGUGCUGCUGGCCGUCUGGCUGGCGGGGCUCGCCUUCGCCCUGCUGCCCGUGGCCGGCGUGGGCCACUACACCGUGCAGUGGCCCGGGACCUGGUGCUUCAUCAGCACCAGCGAGCGCGGCGCCAACCGGACCGGCUCGGCUCCCAGCCGCGGCAACGCCUUCUUCGCCUCCGCUUUCGCCUUCUUGGGGCUCACGGCGCUGGCGGUCACCUUCGUCUGCAACCUGGCCACCAUCAAGGCGCUGGUGUCCCGCUGCCGGGCCAAGGCCACGGCCGCCCAGGCGGGCGCCCAGUGGGGCAGGAUCACCACCGAGACGGUCAUCCAGCUCAUGGGAAUCAUGUGCGUCCUCUCCGCCUGCUGGUCCCCCUUGUUGAUCAUGAUGUUGAAAAUGAUCUUCAGCCAGACCUCCGUGGACCACUGCAAGACGCCGAAACCCGAAACGAAAAGGCCGAAGGAAUGCGACUCCUUCCUGACCGCCGUGCGCCUGGCUUCCCUGAACCAGAUCUUGGACCCCUGGGUCUAUCUGCUGUUGAGAAAAAUCCUCCUGCGGAAGUUCUGUCAGGGAGAAGAGACCAGGUUGAGACAAGGCAUCCAUUGGGAAGUAGAGAAAGACACACUGAAGAUAAAUAUAGAUGAACAUGGACCCAGACAGAUACAGAAGGAGGAGGAGAGAUACCUGGAGGAGGAAUCAGCUUCAAAGGAUUUCCUUUGUGCUAGAGAGACAUGCAGGCUAUGGAUUCCACAAAGGCACCUCAAUUAUUCAUUGCCUGCUCACCCCUCACAACCAUCAUCUUGGGAAGUCACUCCUGAGGAAAAGGGGACAACCCUCUCUACCAGCCACACACAGGACAGGCAAGCCAGCCUAGCUGAAACAGCCAGGCCCCCUGAGGAGGAGUUGGGAGACAGGAAGUGCAAGGCAAGUCAGACCCCCCUCACCACCUUGACCACUAUUUCCUCUGAGAUCCUGCUAAAGACGGCCCAGGAUGCUGAACCGGAGAGCCGUGGGAGUAGCCAGGCUUCCAGAGCAGUGCCCUCAGCUACCAUCUCGGGAAGCACCCCCAUGGCAAUGCAUCCUGGGAACUUCUGCAGGGGUUACAGCCACAUCUACUGAAGACCCAGAAAAGGGAGCUGUAGUCACCAAAGUCCUGGGCCUGUCAAAUGUUCACCAUCAGAAACCAAUAUGAUUCUAUCAAUUGAGAUGCUGUAAAAAAAAAAUUAACUUCUGCUUUGUGGCUGCACUCUAAUAACCAUGAAACUUUUCCAUCUGACAUGCCCCCCCCCAUUAGAAUGGGAGCUCUUUGAAGGCAGGGACUGUAUGGCUUUUUGGAUUCCAGGCACUUAGCACAAUGCUUGGCAUGUAGUAAGCACUUAAUAAGUCCUUUGUACAUUCAUUCACCCAUUCUUUCAUGAGUGGGCCCACUCUUCCCACCAGUGAAUUUGUAGGAGAACACAUCCCAGAUUUUGUAGAGGGAAAUGAACAUUACGUGAUGACUGCUUUUCAGAAGCCAUCUCAGUAAAUGUUUUUAGCUCUAGCUCACUUAAAGGUAAACACUUUAAAUCUGUAGAUCUUCAUUAGUUCUAGUUCUAGUUUUAGAUACCCACAGAGUAUCUUGAACCUGAAAUAGUCAUUCCCUAAGAGAACUAAUUAAUACUAGAGACUUCAAGGAUGGUAACCUCAGAGGGGAUGCUACAUAUAGAUAGUAACAAUCAGAGCUGGAAGUUAAUUUAGAGUCCAUUCUCAUUUGCAGAUGAGUAAACUGAGGCCCAGAAAGUCAAAGUAACGUGAUCAAAGUUAGUCACUGUAGUAAGAAAUAGAGCUAGGAUUUGAACCCAGAUCUUCCACCUCCAAAGAGUUCCACCUCUUCUGCUGUGGUCUAUGUACCUAAUGAGACAUGUGACAAUGAGGACUCAGGAAUUAGUCAGACUCAUUAUGCUAGGACCUUGAGGCCCUAAUUACCUUUUACAUUUUCGGUGAUUGACCUCACUUUGGCCUUCUGGGUGCCUCAUAUUGGUGGCAAAGCCAAUUGUGGGUUGCUUGGAUUAGAUCUCUCUUUGGAAUGGCCCAGACUAUGGUCUAAGAAGGAUGGCUCCAUGCCUCACUGGAGGGGAAGGAUGUCUGCUUGAUUUAUUUACCUAUAUUCUUUUUUUAAGGGCUUUUCUGAGCUACAGUUAUUUUGCUUCAGAGAACUGAGCUGUGUACCGCACAGAGUGAUUUAUUGUGACAAGGGCUGGCAAAGUCAAAUAAUGAAUAAUGUGCUCUUUAGUUGGUACUUAAUGCUUGAACAACCAGCUUUCUAAAUCACAUUUGUAUGCUGGGAGAGUUGGGGGCUGGUCAGGUGACUGCUAAUGGGGCUUGGAAUGCUAAGAGCCAGGACACAAGGGCUGGGAUUGUAGAACCAAUUGCCAGUGGGCCUGCAGUCAAGAGGCCCAGCUUCCAAUCUUUGCUUUGUCAUUUAGGAGCUUUGCAGCCUUGGGCCCAUGACUUCACUCUCUGAGGACCCAGGCCCCUAAUUUUGAAAAUGAUGGGGCUGGGUGAGAUGAGCUCUCGAAAGUUCAUUUUAUGUCUAAAUCUCAUGAUUCUGCAGUGAAGUGUGUAGUAUUACCUCAACCCUGAAAUUUGUGUUACUUCUUGAGAAUGAGGAGUGAAGAGUAACCUUCACCAUUGGGUCAUAGAAUUGAGGAGUCCAAAGACCUCAGUGACCAUCUACUGAAGGACCUUCUCCUGAGAAGGAAGACUGACCACAGCACUGCCUAUAAGUGAUGACCCAUUCUCUGCCUGGAGCCCUCCAAUGAGGGAGAGCCAUCAUUUUUCAAGACAGAUCUUCUACUUUGGGAUAGCUCUUCUCUCCAGGAAGUUCUUCCUAACAUCAAGUCAUAAUUUGCCUCAUCCACUUCCAACUCUCUCAUCCCUCUUCCACAGGACAGUCCUUCAGAUACCACAGUUGGCACAUCUCCUCUGGGUCUGGUCAGUCCAUGAACCAACCAAUCGAUUGAUCCAUUGGCAUUUAUCAAGGGCUUAUGAUGCACCAGAACCUUCAGCAUGGCAUGGACUUGGGGCCCUCCUCCAUCCUGGCUGCCCUGCUCAGGCCUUUCUCCCCUGUCUCAGUGUCCUUCCUAAACUGCACUGCUCAGAACCGAACACACCACUCUUGGGCUCAUUAUUCAAAGUUGGAAGGGAUUUUCAAGGUCAAGUCCAAACCCCUCAUGUUACAGAUGAAGAAAUGAGGCCC